AUGUCGAAUCUCCAGGACGACUGGGCCGCGGGGGUGGGGUGGCAGGCUGGGCGGCGCCGGGGCCGAGGAGGCGAGCAGGGCCGACACCGCGACCCUCGCCCGAGAGCGCCCGCCCGCCCCCAGGAACGCGAACUGGAACCGUGGCGGGCGGCGGCGCCGCUCAGGGGUCGUCCCCGUGCGGCUGGAGGAGAAGGUGUCAGCCAGCUGCGGCGGCGACUCGGCGGCCCGGCGGCCCGGCGGCCCAGGUGGGCCUGGGAGCGGGUGUGCGGGCGUCGGGGCGCGGGAAACCGCUCGGGCCUCCCGGAGUGGCCUGGCGUGGAGCGGCGGGGGUCGGCCGGCUCCGUGAGUCUAGGCGAGGUGUGGGACCAGAGGGCGAUCGGGAGCUACCACGAGCUGUUCGCGGCCUCGUUGGGCAACCUGGAAUGGUUGCGGUUCUGUCUAAAUCGGCACCGUGGGGAAAUCCUGGCCGAUGACAAGGGUUUCACUGCCAUCCACUUUGCAGCCCAGAGCGGCAAGCUUGCAUGCCUGCAGGUCUUGGUAGAGGAGUACAAGUUUCCCGCGGACCUGCCCACCAACAAUGGCCAGACACCUCUACACCUUGUCAUCCACAGUGACAAGACCAUGGCCCUCCCCUGCAUUCACUAUCUGAUUAAGCAAGGGGCGGCCCUCAACACUCAGACAUGCAACGGCUCCACACCCCUGCACCUGGCAGCCCGCGAGGGCCUGCUGAGCUGUGUGAAGGUCCUGGUGCAGAAAGGUGCCAAUGUUCAUGCCCAAGAUGCCAUGGGCUGCAAGCCCAUCGACUACUGCAAAAUAUGGAACCACCGCAUCUGUGCCCGGUUCUUGAAGGAUGCCAUGUGGAAACAGGACAAGAAGGACUUUGCCCAUGAGAUGGGGAAACUGAAGAGGCUCAAGAACCAGCUGGCCCUCAUGGAGGAGGACUACCUGACUGAGUAUCAAAAAGAGCACCAAAUUCUGAGAGAAGCUGACUUCAAGAAGUGGCUCCAUCGCAAGCUGCUGCCCCAAGGCCAAUCCCUGAUCCGCAACACUCAGGGAGAGCCCCGUCCUCCACCCCAGGCCACUGUGCUCUCCAAGACCCCCAAGCACGGGGCACUGUGGCCUCCCAAGAGCUUCUACCCCUCCCGAGAGGCGAGCCUGCGACAGACACUGCAGCCCAGUCAGCCCUCGGUGAUGCCUAUACCCACCUGCAAGCAGCCCAUGGUCAGGCGGCCCAAGGUGUGGAAUCGCAGCAACAACCCUGUCAGAUCCCCCACCGCCCCGAUCGGCUACCCUCAGGGCAUCCGCCUGGGCGUGCAUCCCGACCCCAGGCCGGAGCACGACUUCCGCUGCUUCCUCGAGGUGAGGUCCGACGGGCACGGCGGUGCGCUCCUGCGCACGGUGGCCGGCAACCAGGUGGCGCCUGUGCCCCGGCUGCCUUUAGAGGUGAUAAUCCGCGAGCUGUACCCAUCGGUGCAGCCGUGCAGGAUGAAGGUGCCCCAGGGCUUCUGUUCUGUCACCAUGAGAGAGGUGCCCCGGAAGCGGCGCCUGGGUGAUGGCACCUUCUGGACCGACACUCUGAGCAUGAACCUGCGCGAGACAUUUGACGAAGGCUUCCUGGCAGCUGUGCGGGCCCAUCAAAGGCUCCCCACUCUGCCCUCCCCCAAACCACCCCCCACUUAA